UCGUGUGCGGAUGCGUUUUUUUCCCCCACUGUCUGCUUCAUCUAUAACUAUUUAAAUAAUAGUAUCGAUUCACUUGCAAUCAAUCUAGGAGUGGAUCUACGCACUAAACGUCUAUUUUGUGUUUGGAUUUAGCUAAAGUUGUCACACUUUAGCGCCAGCUAGCAGAGGGAAAUGGACCAAACUUCAGAGCAACGUAUUUACGUUGAAAGAACGCUGGCUAUCAUCAAACCUGACGCUGUUCAGAAAUCAGAGGAGAUCGAAGACGUUAUUCUGAGGUCAGGCUUCAUUAUUCUGCAGAAGAAGAGGCUGCAGCUGAGUCCUGAGCAAUGCAGUGAGUUUUAUGCACACCAGUACGGAACCUUCUUCUUCCCCAGUCUGACGGCCUUCAUGAGCUCUGGCCCCAUUGUUGCCAUGAUACUGGCUCGGGACAACGCUAUUGCUCACUGGAAAUCCAUAAUAGGGCCUGACAACAUCUCCAAAACCAGACAAACUCAUCCGGAAUGCCUUAGAGCAAAAUAUGGGACUUCUGACCUUCAGAAUGCUCUUCAUGGCAGCGACUCAUUUCUCACAGCAGUGAGGGAGAUUCAAUUCAUGUUUCCAAACACUGUAAAUGAGCCCCUUUCAACCAUAGAGGAAACUGAGGAGUAUCUGAGCAGGAACGUGAUUCCAGUUCUCCACCGAGGACUCACUGAGCUCUGUAAGGAAAAGCCUUCCAAACCCUGUAUAUGGCUUGCUGACUGGCUCCUGAAGAAUGAUCCCAACCAGCCUCAAAUAUGUGAUGUGGAAGAUCAGAACUGAUGGCCAGAGAGCAAAAUAAGGAGGGAAGGAUUACACUACUUUUAUGUCUAUUUGCAUUUGAUUAAUCUGUCUGUUCAGUGUUAAACAUGUAAAUAUUUGAUAGCAGUCAAGUAUUUUGGUGGUUUUCUCAAGUAUAUCAGAUAUUUUUGCUUUUUAUUUUAAUAUAUUAUUUGACAUAAUAAAAAGUAGCCAGUGGGUUUAAAGUAAGAUGGAUAUAUUAAUAAAUAACAUACUUUAAAAUGCAAUGGUGUUAUAAAAAUUUCAUAUUUAACCCGCAGUUAGAGCUUCACGAAACACAGCAGUGACAGGCAGCACUAAGAGUCUUUGAAAACAUAAAUGAUGGACAGCAGUCCCCUUAUUUAUUUAUAGAAAAACCAGAUAUUUGCAUCGAGUCAUUAAUUUUGCAGCAAUCCCUCACAUGGAGCAAGCAGGCAGUGACAGAGGAGAGAAAAACAAACAAACAUCUUAACAGGGUAAAAACCCCUGCAGAAACAGGCUCAGUGUGAGUAUCCUUCUACCGAGGCCGACUGGAGCUCAGGUAGACAAGCAGACAUACCAAAGGAAGAGAAACACUGAUGCAGAAAUACUUUUUCUCUUAGAGAAGGUAAGAGAAGACUAACACCAUAAGUGUUGCUGUCUAGGAAAGAAACUGUGCAAAAGAUGAGCUCUGAGACCAUAUUUAAUGUCAGAAAGGGUGAAAGAGAGCACAUACAGUUAGUCACAGUAAAAGCUAAUUUUGCUACAUUGGGGGAGGUUACUGUUUCUGAUAUAAGACUGACCAUGUUGAAAAUAUCAGAAUAAAUGUGGAUCAUAUCCUAUCUUCACAUCAUACAGCGUUUCUACAUUCUGUUACAUUACAACCUUAAACUUAAAUGGAUUUUAGUAGUAAAAUGGUACAUGGGUGACACAAAAAAUUAUGAAAAUGUAUGGUUUUUACUUUUUUUUACAGAUGAAAAAUUAUAAAGUUAAGUGUGCAUUUAAAUUUAGCCACUUUUAUUCUUACACUUGAAUAUAUCCAGUUAUCUUUACAAGUAGGUUGAAAUCAACCAAUAUGUUAUUUGAUCCCAGUUUAGGUUUAAUUUAAUAAUCAAGACCUAAGGUUUACUAAAGAGCUCUUAACCUGUUCCCUUCCUCAUAAUGCUCCUACUCAUUAAAGUAGUGCAGAUUAAAUAAGUAAACUAAAAGCUGUUAAACAUGUUAUAAAUAUAGUAUCCUUAUACCACAAUUGCAUAUUCUUGUGUAUAUUCUCUCUUCAGACUUUUAGCAGUACAAUAACUGUCGGUUAAUAUAUUUCAGGCAUCAUGAGUUCAUACCACGCAUACCAAUGUUAGUCCAGCUGAAAACAGAAGUGAGACUAAAGAAUUUGCAUCAAUAGAUGCUCUCCAGUCUCUCUGACAAAAUUUUAGCUGUAAGACAAAGAAAAAGUGCAACCUUUUUAGUUUCUAGUUGCAUCUGUCACUUAAAAAAAAACAACUUCCCAAUGCCAGCCACCACAAGAGCAGUUCCUUCCCCCAGGCACUCCCUGGGUGAACAUAUUACAGUAGUAAGUUACUCUACUGGGAAAUAAUUAAGCUUGUUGCACCAUCACAACCUCCCAUUACCUUCAUUUAUGAAUGAAUAAAGAAAUUGUAAACACUCUACUUACACACCUGUCUACAGUACUAUUGUAUCCAUGUUUAUUUCAUUUAAGGUUUUACAUAUUUACCGAAUCAAAAGAAGACAAAUGCCUUAUGUGUGCAAAAAACUUCCUCA